AUGUUUAUUGUGGCACAGCUCCUUGAAUAUGGAGCUCCCCUGUUCCUUGUCACUUCUCCUUUGACCUCGUAUGCGGAUCAGAUUCUGAGCAUCCACCGGAACAGGAGCUCUGCCGGGUUUUCGCUGGACAUUCCGUUGAUUAUGCUCGUCGCAUCGAUUCUAAAGGUCUUUUACUGGUUUGGCGAUUACUAUUCUCUCACUCUCCUGGCGCAGGCCGUCAUCACGAUCGGAGUACAGCUGGUGCUGUUGAAGGUGGCUCUAGAUAACCGUCCGUCCACCGGCGCGAAGAACGGAGUUGAGCACGUUCCCUUCAGCGGCGGAGACAACGAGAAGCUGUUUGUAAGACCGUACGACUUCUGGCAGUGGAAGAGCGCGCGACCGUAUGUAUACUGGAUGUUCCUGGCUUACAUGACCGGGGUGCUCUCCGUCAUCCACAUCUUCCUGACGCCGAUUUCCGAUUCCGCACUCUACAUCAACUUCCUAGGAUACUUGGGCCUAGCCGUCGAGGCAAUCCUCCCGGUACCGCAAAUCGUGGCCAACCAUCAAUCCCGGUCGUGCAAGGGAUUUCGAGUCUCGGUGCUUGCGGCAUGGAUUUUGGGUGACGUGAUGAAACUGGGUUACUUCUUCUGCAGCCAGGAAUCGAUUCCGUGGGCCUUCCGAUUGUGUGGAAUGUUCCAGUGUGUCUGUGACAUGUACCUGGGCGUGCAAUUCUGGAUGUAUACCCAACCUUCCUGGAGGGGAGUAGGAAGCCCGCGGGGUCGUUUCGAGGAGAAGGACAUUCGCAUGACAUGA